UUUAAGUUUGAUUUAGUUUUGUGUGAGACGCACUUUUUGUUUUAUAAUCCUCAGGACAAAGCAGAUCUAUUAUGCCUGACUACCAUCUGAAAGACAAAGUCGUCCUUGUUACAGGCGCGAGCUCGGGCAUCGGUCGCGGGUGCGCCGUAAGCUUCGCGUCAGAAGGCGCCUGCGUCGCCGUCACCGGCAGGAAUGAAGCCGCCCUGCAGGCCACCGUCGACCAGUGCUCCAGCAGAGGCCUCAGGCCUGACCAGAUUCUGAAGCUGGUCGCCGACUUGUCACAAGAGGAAGACUGCAAGCGCGUGGUCGCCGACGCCGUCAAGCAUUUCGGUCGCUUGGACGUCCUCGUCAAUUCCGCGGGUAUAUUGGUCGCGGGGGGCAUCGAGACCGUGUCCCUGGAUCAGUUCGACCAUCAGAUGAACAUCAACGUGCGCUCUCUGUAUCACUUGAUGCAGCUUGCGCUCCCGCAUCUGCUGCAAGUCAAAGGCAACAUCGUGAACGUGUCUUCUGUCACCGGCUUGCGCGCGUUCCCCAACGUGGUUGCCUAUAACGCCAGCAAAGCCGCAGUGGACCACAUCACGCGCUCUGUCGCCCUCGAGGUCGCUGCCAGGGGCGUCAGAGUGAACGCUGUCAACCCUGGCGUCAUCGUCACCGACGUGCACAAGAGAUCGGGCAUGACGGAUGAGAAGUAUGCUGAGUAUCUGGAGCACUCGCGCACCACGCACGCCAUGGGGCGCGUGGGCGAGGUGCAGGAGGUCGCCGACGCUGUUCUCUUCCUCGCCUCCGACUGCGCCUCCUUCAUCACAGGCGCCACGCUGCCCAUCGACGGAGGGCGCCACGCCAUGUGCCCGCGCUGAAGUCCCCAAAAUGUCCACAUUGUUCGAGGUAUUUUGGGGGAUUUUUUAGAGUCGUUUUUUUUUUUGGCGAUCGAUGGAUGAUGAUUAUUAUAUGGUGGACAAGAUCGUUACAUACAUAGAGGUCGUUGUAUGAAGAGGAGGAUUGAUGCUCUAACUGGAUUAACAACUCAGAUAUAUUGGAUUUUAUGGACUGGCUUGUUUGUACGAUUGUCAGUUUUUCGUCGGUCGUGUGGGGAGAAUCACUACUGUCUGGACAAGAAGUGCAGAUAUUGUGAGAAGUUUCAUUUAAUAGUUAUUGAGAUAAUUCAGCCAAACUAGAUUCGUGUCAACUUCGUUUGUUUGUUUAAUGGCUAUAUAUUAAUGAAAUAGAUUAUUGCUUUGAAUAUCUUAGUUGUGAGUUUGCAAAUUAUUGUAAUUAAUUUUCCAAUUGUGCAAUUCGCAUCAUCAAAAUGUUCAGUUCAUGACUGAUUGAAUGAAUGCGAUGGUGGAAAUUUCUGCAGCUUCGUCAAUAUACUAG